CAGGGUGAAUAAAUUAUUAUUAUAAUAAAUACUAUAUAAUUUAUUCAUUAAUAAUUUGUGACCUAAUAUAUUAAUAAUUUCAUUUCCAUCAUUAUCAUUUUCAUCUAUUAUACAGCAUAGUGAAUUACAGUACUCUGGAAUUUACUAUGUGUUCAGUCAUUCAUAAAGACAUUCAUUGAUAUUCAUGGGGUUGAAUGCUCAUUGGUUGGUUUGAGAGUGUGAAAGGUCAAAGGUGUUUGUGUCAGAAUGGGUGCGGUUUGAAGGUGUAUGAUUGGUUGAUAUUUCAGUGUGAGAAGUGUGUGAGUGGUUUUACUAGUUUGGUACCAAAUACGCAUGCUUGGCGCCAAACACCCUUAAUAACUCACUCCACCCUAAGACAGCCAGGAGGAAGGAUGAAUUUAUCUCCUCUCCAAAUAUAAAGUCUCUCAUUUAUGAUUAAUGAAGACGAUGUAAUAUCUGUCUAAUCGGUCACCUUUAAUUAUUAUUCUUGUAAUAUCCAUCAUCAAUAGUAAUUGAUACAUCAUAGAUAAAGAAAAGAACCCACCAGCUGUGUUAUUGUUGUCUAUUAAUGGAGUUUUAGAUAAAAUACGGCUGUGACAAUGGCGCCCAACCGUGUGAUUUCAAUUACAAAAGAAUCUAUAUUUAUAAGGUGAUUCGAUCUUAACGGUGGAAAAAUCAUCAAUCCAUUUAUUCAUUCUUCUUUUAUUAUCAUUCAUUAUGUGAAUUCACCAUUUCAACACUGUGUUUUGUGUUUGUGAGUUUUACUCAGAGGCCUAACUUCUUCGGAGAAUGUACCGUUAUGCCCCGUGCACUUAAUCUACAUAUUUGUGACGUCACAGACACAUGAACCUAGGUUACUUUCGUUUUCGCUGGAUAUCCGAGGAUCUUCACCGCUGGAACUCGUUUUCUGGACGACACUGGACCAAUGACUGUUUUCCACGGAUUCUGUGACUUUAUUUAACUCUUAAUCUUAAUAUUUUCAUUGUGUUUGUUUAAAUUGCAUUCUGUGAUAUAUUGUUUAUUUUCAUGUGCAUGGUAUGAACGUUGCAUGACGAGUGUGUAAAAUUUCUAAAAGUUAAUAGUAUCACUUAAACAGUUAAAGUAAGUAAUUUAUAGCAAUACAGUUAUUGACAUUCAUAACAUCCCUGCAUGUUUCUUAACAAGAUGCACUACUAACAACAGGUACUUAAUCACGAUUGUGUUUUGAAAGAUAGAGGAAAUUCCAGUUAGCAGGUGCGAGGUGAGAAAUAGAGUAUAGCUGUUGUCAGGAGAACCUGGUACUAAAAUUAGGUGUCAUAUUCAGUUCAUAUCUCAGCUUAUAUCAUCAUCAAAUCAUAUCAUACAAAUCUGUCAUCAAACAUUAACCAGUCUAAUUGAAUUUUUGUGUUUUGCAGGUGCUACUUGUUAUAGGGUACAGUACCUAUUGCCAGCUGAUUUAUCUGAUUACUUUAGCGUGAUCUUUACUUAAUAAUUUGUUGCAGGUAUUCCAAUUUUUGCAGGAAAAGAAGAAGUGAAAGCAUUGUUUAUUUUCAUAUUUUUCAUUAUUUAGUUUAUUUGUAUUUAAUUGUAAAUUUUCCUUUGUUCAUCUAGGUAUAUAUGAGCAACAGCAAAUUAUUGAAGUAUUUAGAAAGACCAAUCAUAUCCAAGUCUGUAUUUAGUAGAUCAAUAUUAAUUAGUGAUAGUAAGGGUUAUUAUUUAAAGAAACAUUUAGAUUUGUUGAAACAUAAUAGAUUAUUUGUGCAAUUUGAAUGUAGACCAGGAGCUCGUUUCGCCGAUUUCUAUCCGUGGCUGAAAAGAAAUUUACCGGGUCUUGUACAGCAAUACGGCCAGAUUACGCUUUAUAUUUGGCUGGGAACUUGCGAUAUUACCCAGAAGUCUGGAAAAUGUAUUGAUUUAAGGUACGUAAAUUCUGCUUUGUGUGUACAAAAUAUCAUUCAUUAUAUUGAUUUGUUUGUAUCUUUUAUCAAUCAGUUCAAAGAGGUUACACCUGUAUUUUUGGACAUUCCUCCAUAUUCAAUUGUGGAAUGGAAUAAAACAAAAUUUCACAGUAAUCCUGAAAAUUUCAAAGAUCAAGACAAAACUUUGAAUGAAAUCAUUGGCAUCCUGAAUGAUUACAUCAGGAAUGUAAAUUCUACUUAUCGUGUUUCUGGGCCUAGAUUUAAACUUGAUUUAUUGAAAUACAGGAAAGAAAAAGGCAAGUGCCAACGUAUUUCAUACAAUUUUCAGUUGUACAUAGAUGGAGUUCAUCCAGGCUCUUUGUUAGGAAGAGUAUGGUUGAAAAGACUGAUUGAAUACAUUUUUAUUAAUUCAUCAUAAUGUUUACUUAGAUACUGUUAUGUUUUAUUGGUGCAUUAUUCCGAGGCAGGUUCGUCUCUGUUGGUAGGGACAGACCCAAUCACAGAAAAUAUCCCUGUUUCAUAUAAAUUGUACCAUAGAUUUUAUUGUCAGAUAUACAUAUACAUGUCUCACUGCUAGGUCAAUAUUGGAAGGGACUGACCCAAUCAUAUAAACAUACCUGUGCAGUUGUUACUUGUAUAUUGUAUAAAAUUAAGUAGUCAUUAGUUUUAUCAAUCUUAGAUUAUGGCUACUGGAAACGAUAAAGGUAAUGGUGAUGGUACAGGUGAAGAAGGGGAAGAAAUUUCUAUUAAACAGCACAUAGAUGAAGUAAACAAAGAUCCAAACUAUAAGGUUCUAACAAAAGAGGAAUAUAAAAUAUUAGUAAAUGCAGGUCUUAAACAAGAGCAAAAGACAAGUACUCCUUUUAAAAGUCCAGGUUGGCAUCCAUUUUCUCCAAUGUCAAAGUUACUCAAUACAAUGGGUGAUUCCAAAAACCUUGGUAAUGUCUCCAUGUUUCAAGGUAAUCAAUAUCCCACCCCUAAAUUACCAACAUUUAGUGGAACAGAUGAGCCACAGAAAGGGGAAGUUAGGUAUGAGGUUUGGAAUUUUGAAGUAAAGUGCUUACUAAAUUCAAAUCAGUACCCAGAACAUAUUCUACUUCAAGCCGUGAGAAAUUCUCUGAAAGGUUUAGCUAGAAGUAUGUUAGUGUCAGUUGGGGAUAAAGCUUCUAUCCAAGACAUUUUGAGAAAAUUAGAUGGAUUUUUUGGCAAUGUCGCCUCAGGCGAAAAGCUGAUGCAGUCAUUCUACAAUGAUUGUCAAAAAGAGGGGGAAUCUAUUGUUGUAUAUGCUUCUAGAUUAGAAGACACAUUAUCAAAAGCGAUCAAAUUUGGUCACAUUGGGAACGAAGCUAGAGAUGGGAUGUUAAGAAGCAAAUUUUGGACUGGUUUAAGUAAUCAACAAUUAAAACAAAGCACAAGACAUCUGUUUGACACUAUUAAAAAUUUUGAAUCUUUGCUUAGGGAAAUCAGAAAAGUGCAAGAGGAGAUAACAUCUCAAAGGAGUACAGGGACAACAAAGCAAGCAAGACAGGCAUUCCAACAAGCAGAGAGAGCAGAGACUACACCAUCAUCAGACCUGCAGAAAGAAUUACAGACAAUAGUAAGAACAAUGGAAAGGUUAGAACAGAAAAUUGACAGUAAUACAAAAAGUUUCCAACAAUUGAACAAAAGAGUUUAUGACUUAGAAAUUAAUACACAGAGACAACAAAGUUUUUAUUCAAAUAGAGGUACAUUUACAAGGGGUAGAUUCAACUACUCAAACAGAGGUUUUGGUCGAGGUCGUGGUCAAAGUCAAGGUCAAAUUCAAGGUCAAAACCAAGGUCAAAGCCAAGGUCAGAGUCAGGGUCAAAUCAAUAUAAACCAUCCCAAGUUGGACAGAAUUCAAAAAAAUACUAACCUCUUCUAUUGAAGGGCAGAUGGAGGAGGAAAACAAGGUUCAGGAAAGCCCUGUUAUUAGAAACACAAAUUCUGAAUCUAAAAAUUUGUUAUCAAGAAUGGUUGGACAUCAGAAUGAAAGUGUCAUAUUUGUAAAUAGUGUAGAAACAAAAGCUUUGAUUGAUACUGGAUCAAUGGUCACUUGUAUGUCUGAAAAUUUUUACCAAUCUUUACAAAACAAACCAGAGUUGCAUAAUAUAGAAGACUUUGAACUCAAAGUUUAUAGUGCAGAAGGGAAUUCUUUACCAUUUUCUGGAUAUAUUGAAGUAGAAUUACAAAUUCCAUUUUUGUCCUUGAAUCCUUUUUAUGUACCAGUUCUAGUUACAAAAGGAACUGAAUACAACA